ACAUAUAAAGACAUGACGACAGUUCCAAGGAAACAACCACAGCUGUUAUUGCACGGAAGAAUUUCUCAUAAUGUUCUAGCUACCCUUGCUGCAUCAGCAUCAAGAAGCAUUGAGGAAGUUGGAGGCAUGAAACAAUAUUUUCGUAAUUUGUUUCUUACUUUUAAGUUCCAAGUUGUUGGUCAAGGAACCGGUUGUUUUCAAGAAGGAGAAAAGAUAACGGCUGUAUUGUGUUUACCAUUUUUUAUGCCAUCAGCUAAUAAUGGGUAUUUUUAUGUUUCUUAUCAAUACCAAAUAUUUUUUUAUUUCGAUUCGCAUUUUAACUCCAUUAUUGCUUUGAUACCUAUUAAAUCAGUCAAAUAUUUGUUGUUAUUGGGCAAUCUUCAAAUCUCUCAAUUAUUAGAUAUUUCUCCAAUUUUGGAGAUAAAACUUCGUACUGCAAAUAUUCCCACGUUUUCUUUACCAGUAUCAGUUCCAUCAUCACCACAAAAAACUUAUCAUCAAUCAUUUAUUGAAAUUGAUGAAGAAAUUACUAUACUUUUUAAAGGUGGAAAAGUUGUCAGCAUUGAUGGAAAAAGUUUAUGGACGGUAUUGAGAAUAUGUAUUAAUUCUGGUAAUGUUGGAAUUCCUGAUACUCCUACAACAACUGGUGGUUCUACUUCAUUCGCAUAUAAGAAAUGGCGAUUUGAAGGUCAGGAGGCUGUUUUAGAUGUUGUAAGUUGUGGUCCAUCUCACAACACAAUAUCAGACAUUCUUGAUCAAUCGUUAUCAUCAUCUGCAUCCACAGCUUUAUUUCCUUUUCAAGCUACUGCUCGUUAUAUAGCUGUUGGAUCUAAUCCUAUGCUAUCAUAUUACGCAACUACUGACUCAAGUCGACCUUUUUAUCUGGCUGUAUCAAUUGCGAGCAUGGUUGCUUCUAAAGUUACGAAUGCUGUAUUCUCUCUUGCGAAAACAUUAUUAACGGCAACAGGAACUAUUCAAACUGCGGGUUCUGAUGGUGGUCCAUCUAUGGCAAAUAUCGCGCCUGCCACGUCUAUACCUUUGGUCACUCUUGUAGAUGUUGAAGAAGGUGAAAUAAUUGCAAUGUACAAAGGAAUUCGUAAUGCACAAUGUGGAUGGGUAGAGGCAAUGGAUGAGAAUGAAACUGAGGAGGAUUGUACAAGUCCUAAUCAGAAACAUAAAAAACGAUCAGCUUCUAAACGUAUAACACUGUUUCUUGUAAUAUAUUCUCCAAUUCGAGGGGUGGUAGAAAUUCAUCAUAUGCGUCAUGGAACUCGUGUCGGUAAUUUUUCGAUUGGCCAAGGUUGGAAUUUAAUUACAACUGCUUCUGCACCACUUGGAACUAGCAUGUGUGCUGGGCUAAGUUUUUAUGAACGUGGAGGUAGACGUGGCUAUAGAAACGCUGGGUUGGCAAAAUGUUUCUUGAUUGAUCCACAGGGUGAAAUUAAAAGAGUUCAUGUACCAUUUGAAUGUGCGGUCAAGUAA